GCCACGUCAGCCGACCCAUAAUUAGCAGCGCCCCCACCUCCCUAGUUUGCUGCCGGAGUGUAUAAUAAACAUUAAAAGCAAAUAUUAUUACGAGCGCCUCUGCCGGUCGAUUUGUGUAGGACGUUCAUUCAAUUCAGUGGUGUUUACCAAGAAUUGAAAUAAUAUUGGCAAUAUUGGGCAUUGCUUUCCCACAGUACCAGGUGAACUGUGGUGCAGCGCGGUGGAGUUUCGGGGGAAAAAUCAAUCGUCGAAAAUAGGCGAAAAAUCACCCAUCGGAGCGCGGAGGGAGGACCACGUGCAAACAUAAUUGCCAGUGAAAACAAAGUUCACGUGAUCGAGGUUGCACAGAGAAAAAGUAAUCCGAAACGCAUACUGCACCGAGAAGUGAAAUUCUAACGAAUGGUCGGGCAGUGAUUAAUCAAAAUUAUUUAUAAAUCGUAGAGGAAAAAAUCGUUGGAAGUUUCUGUAAAAUUGUGCAUUUGGAAGCAAUUUGGUGGGGCAGUUCAUUGGUUGAGAGAGAAGAAGAGAGGCUGUGCCAUGAGGGCUGAAGAGAUGGUGCCAGUGACUAACGCAAUCAGAAUGGAAGUUCGAAAGAGUGCUGUUCCAUCUGUGUUGAUGGUGGCCGCUAUAGCACUGCUAUUGGGAAGCAGUGGGAUGAUCCACGUGCAUGGCGAAGCAUUUAAAUCAGAUGUCCCCGCCCAGGUGGAGAAGGUGUUGGUGAACGACACGGCACAGAUCAAGUGUGACGUAUCGUCCAAUCUGCCGGGCGAUCGGGUGCUACUUGUUGUGUGGUACAAAGAUAACGUGCCCAUCUAUAGCUAUGACACCCGGGUGAAACACAAUGAACCACCGUCACACUGGAGGGAUGGCUCCAUCUUGGAAAAUCGUGCCAAAUUCAAGCUUCAGGAACGGGACAAGAGCCGGGCAGAACUGGUCAUCAAUCCAGUUCUGAAAAAGGAUGCCGGAGUGUUCCGCUGCCGGGUAGAUUUUCUGCUCUCGCCUACGAAGAAUAGCAACGUUAACCUAGAAAUAGUGGUACCACCGGAAGUGCCGAAAAUCCAGGACUCCAGUGGGUUUGAGCUGCCGGCUCAUGCCGGUCCCUACGAGGAAGGUGGCAACCUGGAGCUGACCUGUGUGGUUCGAGGAGGUAAUCCUACUCCGAAAAUCACCUGGUCCAGCAAUGGCAAGGUACUUCCGAGCACCAUGAUGGAGUACUCGCACGAGUCCACGCUCAGCAGCAAACUGGUGGUACGAAAUCUAUCCCGUGACCAUCAGCACACCGUCUAUACCUGCCAGGCGAGCAACUUCUUCAAGAGGAACGUGACCACCAACGUCACGAUCGAGCUGCGGUUGCGACCCCUGGUGGUGGAAAUCGUCAACGGAAGCACGCCGCUUUCGUCGGACCGGCACUAUGUCAUACAGUGUCAGUCCAGUGGGUCACGGCCGCCGGCCAAAAUCAGCUGGUGGAUGGACGAGAGGCAACUUAAGGCAACCAAUCAAACGACGUCCGAGAACGGUAACAGCACCACCUCGCUGCUGAGCUUCACGCCGACGAGGGAAGACCACGGGCGAACCCUCACCUGUCGGGCCGUCAACGAGCUGGUCAAACGGGGGACGAAGGAGACCUCGAUCAAGCUCAACGUUUUCUAUCUUCCCACGCUGAAGCUCGAGCUGGGCACGAACAUGAACCCGGAAGACAUCGAGGAAGGAGAUGACGUGUACUUUGAAUGUAAAGUGAAUGCAAAUCCGUCUGCAUACAAAGUGGUGUGGAAGCAUAAUGAUCAAGUCGUUCAGCACAACUCCAAGACCGGUGUGAUAAUGAGCAGUACGGCUCUGGCUUUGCAAGCUGUCACUCGACAUCAGGCCGGCAACUAUACCUGCAUAGCGUCCAACGUGGAAGGCGAUGGUGAGAGCAAUACCGUGGACCUGAAAGUGAUGUAUAAACCCAUUUGCCGACCGGACCAGAAGAAGAUCUACGGCGUGGCGCGGAACGAAGCUGCCGAGAUACUGUGUCAGGUGGACGCCUACCCGGCGCCGGAAUCGUUCAAGUGGUCCUUCAACAACACGGCGGAAACGAUCGAUAUGCCCCAGAGCGGCUACCGGGUGCAUACCGAGCAGGCGUCCACCCUGACCUACACGCCGGUUAAGGAGCUGGACUAUGGGACGAUCAUGUGCUGGGCGGACAACGCCGUCGGACAGCAGCGGGAGCCAUGUGUGUUCCAUUUGAUUGCCGCUGGCAAACCGGAGAUGCCCUACAACUGUUCCCUGGUCAACCAGACGUCCGAAUCGCUCGAGGUGAACUGCGGAGAAGGUUUCGACGGUGGUCAGCGGCAAGCGUUCGUCAUGGAGAUCUAUGACCAGCAAACGCACAUGCUGCUCGCCAACGUGUCAUCCGGGCUGCCCAUGUUUACCGUCCGGGGGUUGGAUUCCGGCCGGUUGCUGAAAAUCGUCAUCUAUGCAACCAACAUGCGGGGCCGCAGCGAACCCAUCCUGAUGCCCGCCUACACGCUGAAACCCGCCGAGAAGCAAACCGGUACGCACGCCGAGUUCGAAUUAUCGCCGAUCCUAUCGAUCGGGAUAUUUAUUGGCAUUUUAACGGUGAUAAUCUGCAUAAUAAUCGCCGUCGCUGCCGCACUGAAACUGCGCACCAGUCAACCCGGCAAGGGACACCACACGGCCAGCGGAAACGGAAAAGCGGGCGGUCUCGGCAAGCGGCCCGGUAAUCUACCAAUUAAGGAGAAAAUCUCGUUACCGCUCAGCCAAUCGGAGGACAUGUACGACGAGAAGAAUCCGGACGUGGUUCCCACGAACGAAGAUCCCGAUUACAAAUUGAUAUCGGCAAAUCAGACCCCCACGGCGCUGCAUAAUUCAUUAUGCAACAGCAAACACGACAUCAUCGGUCGAACGAUACUGGACGACAGCCGGAAAACCUAUCUAACAGGGCCGUCUAACGAAGUACACUACGCGGAAUUAGCACUAGCAAUACCUCACGAUGACAAUAGCAAUAAAAAUCACCUCAAUCAUCUGAAAAAGCUACCGCCUCCUCCGGCGUACAACUAUUUCGACGAACCGACGAUCUACGCCCAAAUAGAUCACGGUGGCAGCAACUACAAAACGUCCUCCACCUCGCCCUUUCCACUGAUAUCUCCGGUGUCUCAGCAGCAGCAACUACAGCAACCUGCAACGACACCCCUGCUGCAUCAGGCCCUAAAUCAGUCACAAUUAGCGUUACAGCUGCCAACGGACCAUCACAGUAGCAGCCACCACAGCCAACAGCAGCAGCAGCAGCAACAGCAUACGCCAACAUCGCUGCAAAAUCACACACCGACCUCGUUGCAGCAACAUCACCAGGCGCCUCCACCGCCAGCCCCUGCAUCACAGACGCUGCAACUGCCUAACAGCAAUAAACAAUACCUGCGCGAAAUUGUGACAGUACGGACUCCGCUGGCGUUCUCGCAACAGGAGAGUUGUGUUUAAUUAAAAUUUACUUCCAAAAACAGUCCGGGCCCAGUCGCGCACCCGGAUGUAUGUAUGUAUGUAUUCACGUACGUAAAAUGUAGGUUAUUCGAAUUAUGUAAAAUAGGGACGAGGGAACGCGUGUGAGAAAACCGGGGAAAAAUGUCCGUCGGAAUUCGGACGCGUAAAAUGACAUCACGCCGGGUACGUUUCACUGCAGCUGCCGCAAACACGGGGAAAUCGAUUAGAUGGUUAGGCUUUUGGACUAACAUGUCCCACUUCGGCAUAGAUAUGUUCAGGAAAUUUCGAACGAUCCGAUAGCAGAGCAAAUCCCAUGCAAGCCUGCCUUUUCGGGCGUCAAUUAUUCGUUAAUUAAUCAAAGUUCUGGAGACCGCUGCGGCAAUAUUACAUUGAAAUUAGUUUUGAAAUAGAAAAUUUUCUGAUCUAACAUCGCAAGUAGGGGUAGGUCAUGCCGUACCGGCACGAUAUGGCACAGAUGUGGUUGAAAUUAACUUAGCUCUCUAAACGAUGCAUCACGAUGUUAUGGAUAUUUCAUGAAUCAACAUACGUACACUACUCGCCAAAAGUAUGGAAUAGUGCCAUCGAGUAUUGCGACACUCGAUUGGAAUAUGCUCCGAUGGGUUCAUCUACCUUCAGUGGAGUUAUCUCAUACCUGUUGCCAAUCGCUAAGCGUUGUCUCUUUACACGCGUUGUG